CAGUUUUGCCUUGGCUUCCGAAGAGCGCGGACGAAUAAGAGUUGCCUGCUAUAAAUCUAUUUUAAAACUAACUGAACUGAAUUAAGUAUUUGUCACACAGCUGGAAAAGCGCCAUAAUAUUGUUCUGGUUGAAUUUGUGGCUGCGGUAGCUAGCGCGGUGUUCCGUCGAUGUGCCAUUUUCUCGCCCAGCAUCACCAUCAUCGUCACAAUCGGCUGGACCAGCGGCAGGAAACGACAGACAAUAUUGCUACAGUUGCCGGGAAAAUCAUCAUAAUCAACAGCGGCACCAUCAUUAUUUGUGUUAUCGUUACGAUGAAUAUCUUCAACGCUACGGUGUAAGAGUAAAAAUAACGGCGACAUUGGCUGACUGAUUGUUCAUUCGUUAACGGUGCGUUAACGCCGCAAUCAGGUUUUAUUUCUUGUCGUUUUGCUAAAACCUGCCAGUUUUGCCAAGCUGUGUCCAAACAAGGCAAGAGAACUCCCUCGUUCUUAUUCCUUACGUGUAUAUAUUUUAAAUCGGCAACAAAGUUUCGUCCAUGAAAUAAUUUCAGUAGUUAAACACGGGCUAGGCUUUCCUUGAAGUUUUUACUGUAGUUGCGGUAAGUUGCGUUGUAAUUGUCCGCACCCGAUGCUGUUUUUUGGUUCGUCGAUAACUUGUGUCCAAAUUUGCGUUGAGGUUACGACUAAUUAAUAAAGAGAAAAACGCACUAUGGGAAGGCAAAACGUUGGCGUGGAGUGGUGACGGAACUGUGAGGAACUAUGAAUAAUAGCAAAAGUUAUUUUGGUUCGGAGGCUUCGUCCGAUAUGAUUGGUACUUUCAAAGAAAAAUAAUGAAACCUAAGAAAAAGCAGAUUUCGAGUGAUAAGCAUUGGUUUGCUAGUGAUCCUACGAAAAUGUGCUGGAUGAAAACAUGCCACGCCUUGAAAGACCUGUCUGCUGCGUUUACAAACGGCCCAUACGUAAAACAACAACCUUGCAAGAAAGAAAUAAGGAUAUCAUCGAGAGUAAAGCGUGCAGUAGCAUGCAGUCAAACAACGCAUAUAUGGUUUAUACUUGUCAUGUUAGCCUAUUUCCCACGGAACUCGAUUGCCAGGCCAAGCGACUGCGCACCUCGACUUCGAAAUUGUACUGAGAUGGUCCGGCCGUUUCUUCAUGAUCUUAAGUACAUGUUCCCUACAACAAUCAACGAUGUCGACAACAUGUGCAAAAUGUGGAGUGACUUUGUGGACUGCGUUCGACGAUACACGAAGGACUGCGCUACCCAGGAACAGCGGAAUCGCUUUAAUCAAGCCGUGGGGGACUCGGUAGAUACAGUUCACGCAAUCUGCUCAUCUGACAAAUAUCAGAAAGAAUAUCUUCAGAGUGCAUCAUGCUUCCGAAAAGUGUCUGUAGAUAAUUGUGGCUCACACUACAAUGACCUUGUAGAAGAGGUCACCAACGCGGUGGCAAAUAACGAUCACAUAUGUUGCUCAUAUUCAAAAUUCAGAAGCUGCGUAAGUGAACCACUUCUUCGGCUUUGCGGUUCCCGCGCGCGCACAAUUAUGGAUCAUUCUAUGGAUUUCUUAAUUCACCGCUGUUCCAGCAAGUCAUUUUCGCUUUCUUAUGAAUGCCCAAAAUCUCGUGGAAGGGUCGUGUUCAACGAGAGCCUCACAGAUGCGGUCCCUUCGACACUGGCCCCUUCACACACCGAUAUGCUGCCUCCAACCGUCGUGCGUUCCACAUUUCCUACCGUUACGAUGACCUCUUCUGACCAGCACGAUCUUAGGAGCGAUUUUAUGGAGGGUUUUAUAAGAGCCUCAGGUUCACCCGGGUCGGUUUCUCCAUCAUCUGGAUCACCUUGGGGCUCUUCAUUUUCGUCAGAUUCAUCAGGAUCACCGGCGAAUGGUUCUGGGGAUCGCAACAGAAGGCUAGGGGCUCAUGCGGACUUUGCAGGUGAUCAGUCACGGAAGUCCAAGAUGUCAUCGUCCACAAACCAUAACCGCUCAUUGGGCAGUUCUGGUUUUAUCUCGUCGUCAUCAUCAUCCAACAUCGGACGAGCCGGAUCUUCACUGUUUGGAUCAUCAAUGGAUUAUUCGUCAGUGUCAGGAACGGUUAGUCAGACAUCCAGCGGCAGGGAUCGAAGUCCGAAUUCGGGUCGCUCGAAUCGACCCCAUUCUUUCGCCAGCAGUCGGCUUCAGCGAAAUUAUGAAAGUGUUGGCUCAUCUGCGUCAUUAAUUUGUACUAAUUGCCUACGAACGACGCUAGCAUUAGUGUUGUUUGUCCUAGCGAUUUUAUAGCUUUUAUAGUUUUAGAGAUUAAAAUGGUUCUAUUCCAAGGUAAAAGUAGUGUGUAAACGUAUCAAGUAUAGCUGAGAAUGAGCAGUUAACAGCGAUGUUAUAUGAAAGAUGUAAAAAUAGCUGGAAGAAUACAAUACCCAAUAAAUAUCGAACUUCUGUUGGAAACAACCACUAAAAUCCCACAAUACGAAGCAGAUUAGGUCAAGGCGUGUAUAUGCCCAUACGCGCUAGUACAGGUGUACCGAAGACGGCUAUGUUCGCUGAGCAGCACUAAUGGCUAUUGUUUAAUUAAAAUAGCCGGUGAAAAAUAGUCGCAGCCCCAUUCAUGACCCGGGCACAAUCUCGGUCGAAAAUACCUAAAUACGUAUCGGCUUGGCAAGAUACGAGACGGUUAAGGAAAAAACCACUAAAAUCUACUCAGUUAAACGCUCAUACACAUGGCUACAGAUAUAUAUAUAUAUAUAUAUAUAUGCUUUUAGUGUACAUACAUACAUAAAAAAUAACUAGCGGUAUUGUUGUACAAAACUCAAAGCAGCUACCAUUACAGAGAGAGAUAUGGGCUCCUAAAAAUACUAUGAAAAAUAUACGCUAUCUUUAUUUUUGAUUGUGUGUGACCACCUUUGGCGAUUUCGGAAUGGCGUAUUUUUGCUUUCGUUUUGCAAAGUCGUACGGUAUCGUCUAUAAAAACGAUGUUAGCUCUAAGAAUACGUGAAAAAUACAUGUGAUGAUACGUAGUACAUAAAAGAGGGUCGUAAAGAAACAGGUAGGUAUUCCUACGGGUAGGUACGGACUAUUUAGUGCACACUGAAAACAAA